CUCAAAGCGGCGGUUGGAGGAGGAAGAUGGCGCCGCCAGGGUCCAGGCUGGUGGUAAAUCAGGCGGUGCUGGCGGAGAGGAACCCGGGGAGGAUCGCACCGGUGGCGGCCUGGGUGCAGUGUGAGCGGGAAAGUGAGGGCCAGGCUAGGGAAUCUGCUGCCCGGGUUGAAGAAGAGUUGAUCCAGUUUCAGAGAGAAAAGCAAGAAAAACUUCGGCACUUUCGAGGAGCAGUGAUACAGCGAGUGAAUCAGCACGCCAAGCUGCGCAAAAAGCAUCAGAUCCAGAAGUCUUGUGAUGCUGUGGCACGAGAGGGGUGUGUAUUCAAGCAGUCUCUGGAUGCCGCUAAGCACCUUACCCCAAAGAGAAACACUUGUGUUUACCGAAAUACACCAGUUGCCAUUUGUAGCCCUCGUUCCCGAUGGGUUUCAGCAAAGAAAAUCUGUGAAAACCUCAAUGAGGAGAAUGAAGGGGGUGAAAAUAAUAGGUUAUUUAAACAACAUGCAAAAACUCUUAGCAAAACCAUGAAGCAAGUACGUCACCGAUUGGCAGCCCUGCAGACCGUGCAGAGGGAAGAGUUAAUGCUUCCAGGAGGUGUUUGGAAGGUCUCCCCCACGCGGGAUAAUCCUGUGUCUCGGAGAUCUCCCGUACCGUGCGCUCUUGAAGAUGACGGUGAGGAAUUGUUCCUGAACGGAUUCCAUGAUUUGCCAGUGGAGAUGUUGCCACAAAGUUCAGUUGACCCUUUCCCUGGAAAGCAGCCGUUAAAUACGACGUGUAGUCGGUUGACGAAGGAACCUUACCCUGCUGGCUCUGCUCCAGCAUUUAGCACAGAUUUCCGUGCUACUCUCGUACUUCGACCAGGCGUUGAUGAAGAAGAAGACCGAAAACAACGACAGAACCAAUACAUCAUGUACCGCCGUCUAUUCAUGGACAUUGAACGAGAGCAAGUCAAAGAAAUGAAGAGACAAAAAGAACACUAUAAAAAAAUGUUGAAAAUUAAGCACGGCAAAGAAGUACAGCGACAAUUAGAAGAGCAGAGAUUGAGGGACGAAGCAGAUCAGGAAGAACUCCAUUCCUUUCAAAGAGAAUGUGAAAGACUUGCUCUCGAGAGGGAAAUUGAAAAAGAAAAUUUGGAGAAAACACAGAAAACCAAAGAAUAUGUUCGGUAUAUAGAGGCUCUGCGAGCACAGAUGAAGGAGAAGAUGAAGUUGUAUAAUAUUGAUCUGCCUCCAUUGUGCUGCUGUGGCUCGGAUUUCUGGGGUUCACAUCCUGACACCUGCGCAAAUAACUGUAUCUUUUACAAAAACCCAAAAGCCUAUACCCGUGCACUGCAGUCUGUCCUUUCUUCGAGGGACAUGUGGGACGGAGGAAUAAGCGCCAGAUUUUCGGCCUGUAACCUCAGCACUUAACCUUGAACCGAAAUAUUGUUUCUAACAAUCAGACGGAAGAUGACUCUGUCACAAAUGAAUUUGCACACUUUUUAUCAAUGAGUUUUGUUGUUGUGAAUGACUAAGGAUUUUGUUGCACACACAAUAAUCAAAAAUAAUCCCUGGUCAGAUAUAUUUUGAUGAUACUAGCCUGUAUCGGUACAAAUGACUUUGUAAAUCAUCGUUGACGCUGUGCGUUAAUCUAUCUUGUGAAAUUACCGUAAUACUAACUAUUUAAGAAAUUCUGUCCAAUAUUAAAGCAGACUCCAGCGGCAUGGAAAGGAGAUGUGUUAUCCCUCCAGAUUACAUCGCACACAUGGAUUUCCUUAAACGUUUUGUGACAUGUGAAUUGUGCAUUGCUGUGCCUGCGAUGUUUGUUGCUUUGUUCUAUGUUUUCUAAGUCAGAUAUGAGUUAUUUCAAAAAACAGGAGCCCAUGAAUGCUGGGGUGAUUUGCAGAAUUUCUUUCUUUGAAAUAAAGUGCAGUGUGAUAAUCACUGGAGAUAUUUGCGUUUCUCUCUC